AUGAAGUUCCUCAGUGUCCUCGCACCGUUGGCUUUGGCCUCGACGGCCGCUGCCAUGCCCCGUUGGAGAGAUUGGCAUGGAGCUGGUCCCAAAUGCCCGGAGAGCACCUGCCUCACUCAAGUCGAUGCCGAAGACAUUGUCUCCAAGUUUGCCUCUGUCCUCGAUCACCCCGAUGUUGCCGCUUCCAAUAGCACUGCUCAAGCCUUGAUCGCCGAUGGUUUCUUCGAGAAAUCCGACUCCAUCAACAUGCUUGCCGGUCACCCCAUUGGCGCCGUCACCUUCUCUGGUAAAGCAUCCUACAUCCAAGGUGUCCUCCUCGCUCCCUCCAUCACUGGUAUUGAGACAAUGAAGGUCAUGGUCGCCGGCUGUACCAACGUCCUGUGGUACUGGAAGUUCACGGGCAUUGGCACCAAGCAACUCCCCAUCAACGGAUUCAACUUGUUCGAAAUCACUCCGGAGAAGCAGAUCGCCGACAUGUAUGUGGAAUUCAACAACAUCGCCUGGGGUAUCGAUACGGGCUUGACCGUCUACAGCCGCAACGGUACCGAAUUGCCCUUGGCAUAA